AUGGCUGGGACGCUGUGCAGCAAGUCCGCAGUAUGGAGGCUACUGCAUGUAGUUGCGCCGAGGAAACCGCACAUGGCCAAUGGGAUAGUGCGACGUGUUGUUGCCGAGAAAAUCGGGGGAGGGAACCCCCUCUUGCCGCUGCUGAGGGUCACGUGGGACCCGGCCGGUUUCCAGCAAGCAGGCGAAUGCCCGCCAGGAUCGUCUGCCGUACGGCACGACGACGAAACGGUUAAAUACGCAGCAGUUGCGCUGUCCCACUUGUCUAAGAGCGGGUUUGUGACCGUCAGCGUGCACCUCCACCGGCUGCUGGACAUCCUCACAAACUCAAGAGAUGCUCUGAAUCGUUGUGAUGCGCGAAUCCUUCUGGGGGUGAUGGAGGCUUGCGACCGCAUAAAUCGUGCGUGUUACCCGGUUACGAGGCGCCUUGGUGACGCCGCCACCACAGAAAUCGUGACUGCAGUCAAGGGGAACGCGCGAAAGUGCGCCCUCUACAUUUGUGAGCACGUGGGAUCAACUUGCAAGGGCGAGAUGCUGGCGAGAUUCGCACCGGUUAUGUGUCGUAUGUCGAUUGUAAGCACCGAUUUCACGAAACACCUUCUCAGGGAGAUAAGGGAAGGUAGCAGCUUCCUUUCGUGCGAUUCACUGAUCGGUGCGUUGCGCUACGUUGCUAGCGCUUCAGGGGGUGACCACAGGGGCCUCACGGGCGCGGUGUACGCACUUCUAGACGCUCUUAGUGUGGCCGAAUUGACGUGGGGCCGCAAAUUGGAAGUCUUGGAUUGCUUGGUGCAGCUGAAGGUGACACAUUUCUACUUCGUGGAUGUGGUGGUGUCGGCGCUUCUAGAAUCGCGCGAGAAGGACGGAAUGAGCACAAUGGGCAUGGACACAGUAUCUAGCAGCAACUUGUGUCACGUAAUCGGGGCAUUGUUGCAACUGGAGUCUGAGCACGUCGAUACCGUAACGGAGGUGUUCGUAUCCCGGUACGUUUGCCAGCAACGAAGUGGCUUCGAAAAGGAGGGGAUUGUCCGCGACAUACGGAAAUGCAGCUUGACGGAUCUGUUGAAUCUGUUAAACGCAAUAGUGGCAACGUGCCCUCACCUUGAAGGAGCGGCACGAUCGUGGGCAGCCCAUAUAAUCCAGGAUCGUGUCCCUUGGUUGCUGACAAGAGCGUCAUUGAGUGAGCUUGAGGAGCUGUUUCACGUCCUCAGCUGUGUGGAUCCAGCGAUUUACUCGCCCACACUCGCCCCAUCAAGUGGGGCCGUUUGGCGUUACGGAGCAGGGAGGGCCAAUUUGACCAGUGUGGUUACAGCAAACGUCGGGCACCUUGGCGCGAGAGCGCUUGCCAAGGCUAUCGUGUGCUAUUCUGUGGCUGCAGAGGUCACGUCUUCCGGAGAAGCGAUCCAGGAGAUAGCUGCCUGCAUCCCCAGGAUGUGCUCAGAAGCGCUUGCCAUGCUGUCACGGUCCUCCUUCAUUACGAAAGCCAUGGCAGCGGAAAUGGAAGCACCAGGUAGCGAAGAUCAGAAGAUGAUCGUGUGUUCGCCUAAAGCGCCACCGGUGGCUGCAGGCAACAUGGACGCUAUCACUGCAGACAGCCACUGCAGGUUCUUGUACGACCCCUCCGUGACCUCGAACUUCAAGUACCUGAAACGCGGUGAUAACCGCGUAGAAGGUCGAAGCAAGGCUGCCAGCAAGCUGUAUCGUACUGAUGCCGCAGCUCGCAACCUAUCAAGAGAGGUUGCCGCCCUCCCCAAUCCCGAUUGGCACAACGUGAGCAUGGAAGGGCAUGAAAAGAAUGCGCUGGUGGAGGUCGAAGGAGGCGCAUAUGCACCUACAGCGCACGAACCGUAUAGCUCCAGUGCGUCCGACGUGCUGAAGGUUCUGAGGGAGGUACACCGAAGUCUGUGCAUCUACCACCACUUCGGCUGCGGGGAGCUGAUAAAUCCCUAUGGUGGUGUGCCCCUCAAGGGGCUCGAGACGGUGAAACAAUUUUUAAUGGCACACAGCUACCUUGUGCCCGUGCUGUCUGCGAGAUUUGACGCACUGGAUUAUCAGUAUACCCUCUACGGCGUGGAUGACGGGUCGUACAACCACCGGAUUCUUAAGGCGACGCGGUCAACCGACAGUGCGUACGUGGACCCGCGGCUCAUGUGCACCCCUGACACGCAUACUGUACGCGAAGCGGAGUAUGGUGGGGAGCAACGCCUGCGACUCCCCAGCGCUAAGCUUAGAAACGCGCGCAUUGGCGUGGCAAACCCACCCCGCAGCGCCAUAAAGCUGAACUGGGACCAUUUCGACACUUCUAAGGAAGCAGGUCGUGCAGAACACCCCAGGGAGCGUCGUAACGCAGCAGUUGCUCUGCAUCAAGAAGCGGAGCGAGUGUCGCGUCUCGUGGACUAUCGCCUGCACGGCCGACGUGAUACCGUCGAGUACUACGACGAUUCCGUCUCCAGGCGGUUUCGAGGCGGCUUCGCCUGCUGGCAAGAUCCAGGCGAUACCAAUACGGCCGCCCAUGUUUCGUGCACUGCAGACGGUAUAAGCACGUCCCGGCUGCACAAGCAAGUGGAGCAGACUGUCGCAGUGCUGUGUCCUCAGCACGUGAGGUCAGAAGCGGCUUGCGGGCCGUACCACGUGGACCUGCUGGUGGAGGUGGGGGGCGAGGAACACGGGAACCAGGCCGCGCCCACAACCGUCCGGUGA